AGUGCCCGUGUUGUGGCGGAAGGAGGAGCUUUCUUGGAGCAGCUGGUGCCGAGAGAAGCGGGACCGGCAAAGAUGAUUCAGGCGAUUCUGGUUUUCAACAACCAUGGGAAGCCGCGGCUGGUCCGCUUCUACCAGCGUUUUCCUGAAGAGAUCCAACAGCAGAUUGUUCGAGAGACUUUCCAUCUGGUCCUCAAGCGAGAUGACAACAUCUGUAACUUCUUAGAAGGUGGAAGUCUGAUUGGUGGCGCCGACUGCAAGCUGAUUUACCGGCACUACGCUACCCUCUACUUCGUAUUUUGUGUGGAUUCCUCCGAGAGUGAACUUGGGAUCUUGGACCUCAUCCAGGUUUUUGUGGAGACUCUGGAUAAGUGUUUUGAAAAUGUGUGUGAGUUGGAUUUGAUCUUCCAUAUGGAUAAGGUCCACUACAUCCUCCAGGAGGUGGUGAUGGGUGGAAUGGUGUUGGAAACAAACAUGAAUGAAAUUGUGGCUCAAAUUGAAGCUCAAAACAGGCUGGAGAAGUCGGAGGGUGGCCUGUCAGCAGCCCCCGCGAGGGCCGUGUCUGCUGUGAAGAACAUCAACCUUCCUGAGAUCCCGAGGAACAUCAACAUCGGCGAUCUCAACAUCAAAGUUCCCAACCUGUCCCAGUUCGUGUGAAGGUGGAGGACUGGGCUGAACCAGGGUUCUUAGGAUGAGCAGAGCAGUCAAGUCCAGAACCGGAACCCUGCCGAGCCUUCAGAGUCGCACCUGGGACACUGAGCCUUUCACAGAGUGGGAAGGGAGUUGGGUGCACACUGCUCGGCCAUCCUGCUGCUCUCCGGUAUCCGUGGCCGUGGUAGACAUCAGCGCACUCAGCCACUGCUCUUUUGCCUCCCACACACAGCUGCCCUCAGGCUGGGGACUGUGGAAUAGGCCACUUGCUUCCCAGGGCCCCACCACUGGGACUGAACACAUCUGACUUCCUCCCUAGCACCUAGGGCUUCUGAGAUCCUGUAUCACUUACUGGGCAAGAGACCAGGAAGAGGCCAGCCUUUCCGAUGUGAGCUGUGGCAGGUGAAGGCAGGGGUAUGCUGGCUCUGCGGGGGCCUCUCCUCCUAGAAUCCCUUUGUAGAACCAACCCUUUGGGGUGGCAUUUCUGCAGGGCAUCCUCCCCCCCUCCCCCGGCAUAUUCCCAGUGUGCUGGGCACAAUUGAAACCACACUGUGGGUGCAUGUCACCACCCCUGCCAUAGGGAGGGCACCCCUACACACACAC